CUUUCGAUUUUCGCGAUCUGGUAAAGGGGAGGUUGAUGUGUAUCGUUUUAUGUCCAAACACAGUUCAGAUCACUAUGCGCUUUUCUGUCACGAUCCCUUGUCACACGUCGCCAUCGAUGCGUUAUCAUGCAUGAAGUUGUUGAUGAAUCAAUGCGCAAAAGAUGUCACUAUCAACAGAAUGUGCCGCAGCAUUACUACCUUUUAAAUACCCUAGUUUUAUUUUAGGCUAGGAAAUUGGACUAGCCUCCAGACGCAAAGAUUUACGAGUCCCUAGAUCAAAUUACAGUGAUGUUCGAAACGAUGUCAUACUUCAGUGAUCUUUGGUUGUUUUUAACAGCGAAACAUGACCGUCCCAAAUGGAUGAAGCCUUCAAGGCUAUGGUUGUCACUGGGGGCAAAUAAACCAUGUUUUGUAGUUCAUUUAUAUGUUAAUUAAUGAAGUUUUAUUUCUUUUGGAAUUUUGUCGUAGUUGUGGCAUCAAAAGUUGUCAGAAAAGUAUUUUAAUGAAAGACGGGCUUCUGUUCUCUACGGAAGUGACAAUCAGCUGAAAGUUUCCGAAGAAGUUUUGUGAUGAUCAGUGGCAUCGAUUUGCUAAAUCGAUUUGAAAUUCAAAUUUUGCGAUUCCUUUGUCUACUUAAUGAUUAUUUGACAAUCAUAAAUAACUUAACUUACAAAUAAAGGUCUGCUUCGGAAACGCGAAAAUUUUCGAAACACUUGAUCAUAUACAGUAAUGUUCCACUGAAUCAAUGACACCAUUCAAUUUAUUAGUUGAACUCAAAUUGUAACCAUAUCUUGAAUCGAAGCAGUCCGGUCGGAACCGAAAUGAGUAUAAAGAUGAACAUUAUCAAAAUAGUUUUGCUGAUAUUUUCUGUAUCGUUGGCCCAAGCAAAUGAUCUUAAGGAUGAAAACACGUCGAAUUUGCAGCCACAGCUUGUGUUUUACAAAUUCUUCACACCCACGAAGCUUGCUGAGGCUGCUACCUUCAUCCAUCACCACAAUACCCUGACUCCUCGACUACUCACAUUCCUCAGUGCUCCAAGCAACUACUAUCGACUGAUGAUUGUUCCACUGAUUCCGCCAGGAGUCAUCGGUAAAAAUGCCAAACUUGUCGUCAAGAUGGCGGUUGGCUUGGAAACGAAAUUUGGCUCAGCAGAUAGCGAUCCUUCAUUUGCUAUUUCAGAUGGCGAUCGCUUUGUCGGCAUGCUGACACUUGAUAAGACCAACUACCCAUCGACUGCCCCCUGUCUUGGUAUAGAUGGGCCCAGCGGGAAUACCAUGACUCGUCAUACCGAUACGUUACUCCCAAAGCCAUCCGAGUCUUAUUACCCAGGAAGAUUCGAGAUCCAGUUAAGCCUGUCUGACCGUUGGGGAACCUGUUUCGUCCCGCUAGACGGCGGUUUCAGCAGGGAAAUGGUUUACCAGUACAAGUUGAAUCCCAACAACGGCCUAUUUUUGGAGAUUUAUGGCGACGGCGCACAAGAGAAAGAAGGCAUCAAGUACAUUGAGCUGAGCAUCCUGCAAGAGAAUUAGUCUCUUAUACAGCUUACUCAAGACAAAUAUCUACAUAUCACUGUCAACAGCUCUGUAGUUUCUGCUGAUU